AUAAGUUACCCGACGAUGUUGAGUAAAGUGAUCGGUCAGAAAUAUGUGGCAAUUGCCAAGUCGUGGGUCCCAACACUUGCUGUCUGGGGAACAGUCGGCGGUGUAGCCAUGGUUCACUUUACAGACUGGCGAUUGUUUUUGGACUAUGUGCCCUACAUAAGUGGAAAGUUCAAGAAGGAUGAAUAGUGGCGAUCAGUUGGAGAUUAUGAACAAGGACUGCUGCAGCUGCUGUUUUGCACCGCACUCCAGACCAACUGUCAUUUUCAUCCUGCUGAGGCAACAGCACUGAGAUGUUCAUUACCACCACCACCAUCAAUACAUUUGGGAUUCAGUGUUCCUCAAACUGUGAAAUCAUGAGCGGAAAGAAUAUGAAAAUACAGACAAUGCAUGGAUUUUUUCAUUUUCUUUCCCCAUACAGUUUGAGGUUCUUAUUUUAAUUAUUUCACAUUUGACGUCAACCAGGUCUGAUUGACAAAUGUAUUUCAAGCCUCAACUGUUUUGGAAGAGUAAAAAGUAUGUGUGAUAUCUUGCGUUGUGUGCCAUUAUUCCUGUUAGUCUUAUACAUUUAAAUUGUAACAAUAAAAUACAAGUGUUGGUGUACAUCCCUC